AUGGACCAGAAGAGGGACACAUUCCCGGGGGUGGGUAAAGGAAAGUCACACGAACGCCACGCCCUCCUUGGGACUAGCCCGGGCCGACAGCCCACCGCCUCCAAAUCCUUUCCCCUCCGACGGGGAAGGUUUCUAGCAACUCGGCACCAGAGAAAGCAGCGCUGGAGGAGGGGGCCUGGGACGUCCCUCAGAGGCACCAAGCAGGGGACUGAACUUGAAGCUGGGACACCCUCCAGCACCGUUGGCAAGCCUCGCGGUCCUGCCCAGCCUGUGUGCGGACUUCCAGCCUCUGAACCCUAUUCCUUCAAUUUUUUUCUCGUCAUACCCACCCUCACCCACUCCCGCUACCAUGCACUCCGCUCCCCACGCGGCCCUGGCCGGACGCCCACAGGCAGCGUCGCUACCAACGCUACCGCACAUCUGACGGGUUUCUCCUCGCAGAACAGAAGUCACCCCCACACACCCCAAUCCUUCCUGGGGCGCUUCGCCCCGAUCACGUUUCCCCAGCUAGGAACCCAGCGCGGCCACCACACUCACAGCGGGUCCGGCUCCGCUACUCGCCGUUCUGCGAUCCACACGUCGCGCCUGCGCGCUCCUAUUUCUGCCGAGCCUUGCCGGAGCCAGGAACCGGGAGCGGACUGGAAGGGAGUCGUUUCUCCUCAUCGGGUACUCUUCAGCCCUGGUGAAGUGAGGGGCAUAAGGAUUUCUCAUCCACAGACCGCCUGCGCAUCUCCGAGUCAUCCCGGGCAAAACAGCAAGCUGGGUCUCAGGAUAGCUCUAAAAGCAUCUAUUUCAGUAUGGUUCUGUAAGUCUGCACUGCCCACUUCCGGUUCGGUCACACACCCGCCAUUCGCCAUCUACCAUUCCUCGCCACCGCUGCCGCUGCCUGCACUACUGCCUUUGCCUACGUGUUCGCCAUCCGCGCUGCCUGCGAUGACCACUGCCCCGCUGUUGCAGGUGCUCUACAACUACCACACCAACUGCGAGGCCGCCGUCAACAGCCACAUCGACCUGGAGCUCCACGCCUCCUAUGUGUACCUGUCCAUGGCUUUCUACUUUGAACGAGACGACAUGGCCCUGGAGCACUUUGGCCGCUACCUCCUGCACCAGUCAGACGAGAAGAUGGAGCAUGCGCAGGAACUGAUGAGGCUGCAGAACCAGCUCAGUGGCCUCACCUGCCUUCAUGACAUCAGGGAGCCAAAGCGCUAAGGCUGGGAGAGCGGGCUUGAGGCCAUGGAUUAUGCCUUCCACCUGGAGAAGAGCGUCAACUACAGCCUCCUGGAGCUGCACCAGCUGGCCCUGGAGAAGGGCGAGCAGCUGUGCGACUUCCUGGAGAGCCACUACCUACACCAUCAGGUCAAGACCAUCAAAGAGCUGGGUGGCUAUGUGAGCAACCUGGAAAAGAUGUGGGCCCCGGAAGCCGGCCUGGCUGAGAACCUGUUUAACAAGCUCUCCCUGAGUCACAGCGAGAAAGAGACCUGA